AUGAACAACAAAUUGAUGUUUGUUAACUGUCAAAAAUGUGGUGAAGAUUUCGUUCGAGAAGAGUGUCAGCAUUCUAUUCAAGAAAGAAGCCUAAAAGGAACUUGGGUGAUAGAAGAGGCGCUCAAAGCUAUUGAAAAAGGUUACCAGAUUAUAGAGACUUACGAAAUAUGGGAAUACGAUACAAUUCAGCUCAGUAAAGACCAAGAGGGGUUAUUUAGCGGAAUGAUGAACAAGUUUCUACAAAUAAAACAACAAGCUUCAGGAUGGCCCAAACAUUGCUUAACGGAUGAAGAAAAAAACCGUUAUAUUGAUGCAUUUUUGGAUAGAGAAGACAUAAAGCUGGAAUUUUCAAAAAUUAUAGAGAACCCCUGUUUGAGAUCGUUAGCUAAACUUAUGCUGAAUUCCUUUUGGGGUAAAUUUGCUCAAAAAGAAAACCAAAACAAAACCUCAAUAGUCAGAGACUGUGGUGAAUUCUUUGAUAUGCUGACUAAUCCUUCUAUUCAUGUAAAUACAGUUCUCCCGGUAAACGAAGAAACCCUUCUCAUAACUUGGGAAUUUAGAGAAGAGGCCUAUGACGUUUCUUCAACGGUUAACGUUGUAUUGGCUUCAUAUGUCACGGCCCUAGCUAGACUAAAAUUAUAUUCAUUCUUGGAGAAAGUGGAAGAAAGGGCAGUUUACGUAGAUACAGAUUCAUGUAUUUAUAUCUCUCGUAAGGGAUUAGACGACAUAUCUACAGGCGACUUCAUAGGUGAUAUGACCGAUGAGCUCAAUGGGGGUUUCAUAUCAGAGUUUGUUUCUGGAGGACCUAAGAACUACGCCUACAAAUAUACUACUUUGUCUGGAGAGGAACAGAUCGUGAAGAAUGUGUUACAGCCUCUCUGUCGCAGAUGUCAGGACUUAUUAAAUGCCAGAUUCUACCGAACCAGAACUUAUAUCACCCCCGUUUUACCGUCAAAAAUGAACAACAAAUUGAUGUUUGUUAACUGUCAAAAAUGUGGUGAAGAUUUCGUUCGAGAAGAGUGUCAGCAUUCUAUUCAAGAAAGAAGCCUAAAAGGAACUUGGGUGAUAGAAGAGGUGCUCAAAGCUAUUGAAAAAGGUUACCAGAUUAUAGAGACUUACGAAAUAUGGGAAUACGAUACAAUUCAGCUCAGUAAAGACCAAGAGGGGUUAUUUAGCGGAAUGAUGAACAAGUUUCUACAAAUAAAACAACAAGCUUCAGGAUGGCCCAAACAUUGCUUAACGGAUGAAGAAAAAAACCGUUAUAUUGAUGCAUUUUUGGAUAGAGAAGACAUAAAGCUGGAAUUUUCAAAAAUUAUAGAGAACCCCUGUUUGAGAUCGUUAGCUAAACUUAUGCUGAAUUCCUUUUGGGGUAAAUUUGCUCAAAAAGAAAACCAAAACAAAACCUCAAUAGUCAGAGACUGUGGUGAAUUCUUUGAUAUGCUGACUAAUCCUUCUAUUCAUGUAAAUACAGUUCUCCCGGUAAACGAAGAAACCCUUCUCAUAACUUGGGAAUUUAGAGAAGAGGCCUAUGACGUUUCUUCAACGGUUAACGUUGUAUUGGCUUCAUAUGUCACGGCCCUAGCUAGACUAAAAUUAUAUUCAUUCUUGGAGAAAGUGGAAGAAAGGGCAGUUUACGUAGAUACAGAUUCAUGUAUUUAUAUCUCUCGUAAGGGAUUAGACGACAUAUCUACAGGCGACUUCAUAGGUGAUAUGACCGAUGAGCUCAAUGGGGGUUUCAUAUCAGAGUUUGUUUCUGGAGGACCUAAGAACUACGCCUACAAAUAUACUACUUUGUCUGGAGAGGAACAGAUCGUAUGUAAAGUAAAAGGCAUAUCACUCAACUACAAGGCAUCCCAAGUAGUCAAUUUUGAGAAAAUAAAAGACAUGGUGCUGAAGAAAUCUGAUCCUGUUUCUGUACUUUCUCGACAGCUACGACGUACAAGAGAGCAUGCAGUAGUAACAGUCGAGUUUCCUAAGGUAUACAAGAUAACUUCAAUGAAAAGGAAAUUCUAUGAAGAUCAUACCUCUGUACCAUUUGGAUUUAAGAAAAUAAAGUAUUGA